CACUAUAAUAUAAAAAAGUAAUAAAUAAUAAUGAUAUGUGCUGAUUGCGAUUACAUGACUAUUAUAAUUUAUAAUGAGUGCCUACAGUUUCCGAUUAUUUGUCGCGAUUUUCUUGGAAAUACUUAUUGUGUGCCCCACUAAAAAAGUAACUUCACCGUCUUAUUUKUUCUAUUCGUGCAGAUAAAUAAUAAUGAAAUCUUUUAUCCUCUGAGAAUCGCGCGCGUUUCYGUGUUUCAUUGACAAAUAUUGUUAUUUGUUUUUGAAUAUUCGUAGUUUCCAUCCGCUCGGAAACAGUACAAUCGACUAAACUAUGGAUUCGUCSAUUUCCAUCAAAGUGCAUGUAGCUGUCCAAGCGACUCCUCACGAGAUACCUGUCACCAUCAACACGACCGUGGAAGAUGUAAUUAUCGAGACCUCGAAACUGUUGAACAUUGGACCUGUGGCCAGACACUUAUUUGGACUGAGAGUGUUGAGUUUCACUGAUGACAAUUUGUGGYUGAGUCCUUCUCUAUUCAUAUUAUAUGCCAAAAACGAACAUCACGUUUAUGAGUAUAAAUUGAGAUAUAAAAUGCCCGAUGUCAAACGACUGAAGUCGAUUGAUUGUUAUGCAUAUAAUUUCUAUUUUUAUCAAGUUAAAUCUGAUUUAUUGAAGAGUAAAGUCGCUGGGUUGUGCUAUGACACAUGCAAACGAGAACUCAUUGGAAUGGGUGUUGCUGACAUGUAUAGGUCUAUACUAGAAGAGGACAAAUCCAGAGAAAUUGUCGAACAAAAUUAUAAACAGUUCAUGCCACAAGAAGUUGUUAAGCAACACAUGUUUUUUUUGAAAAAGCCUGUGCAGGAAACUUUAAAAAUACUUAUAAAUAACAAUACCAUUGGCAAUCUUUAUGUACCAGUUAUCAAAGAAAGUUAUUUAGAACAAUUCAACUCUAUUGCACCAGAUUAUUUAGAAGAAGAAUAUAAGGCUUUAUACAGUGAAAAUGGCAGCUCUGUAAAUGUUGCAUUUAGAGUAAAUCCAUUUCAUUCAGAAAUGCCCGGUGUAAGAAUGUGUACUGAAAACAGAAAAGAAUGGGUACAUUUAGCAGCUAUUGAAGACUUGUGUUUUCUAUCUACUACUGAUGAUGGCACUGUUGAAAUAUCUAGAAAAACUGGAAUACCUAUUCAUUUGAAAUUCUUAAGUACAAGUACAAUGUUUUCAUUCAUAACGUUACUGAAUGGCUAUUAUCGUUUAAUGGUUAAUUGGAAUUUUGAUUUGUGCGCAUCUACUAAUACUCCAUCUUUAAGCAAACUUAAAUCGAUUCGUUCUCAUGGACCUAUCAGCAUAAUGAAAUCUACCUCUAUCUUCAAAAAAAAAAUGYCAAAGAAACAUGGAAGUUUUAUUCUUAGACAAAGUAUGAAGAAUCACGAUAAUUAUGUAAUUGAUGUUUGUGUAAAUCAGAGUAUGAAGCCGAUGACGUAUGUAAUUGAAAGUAAGGGUGGACUUUAUAAGCUUGCUGGUGAUGAUAAAAUAGAAUAUCCUUCUAUUUGGAGACUUAUUACUAGCAAUAAAAUGUCUUUAAACUUUAUUGAAUGUAUAUUUCCAUCAGAUAUUGCUAUGAAUGAACUGUUAUUAUGUCAAAACACAAGUAUUAAACAUAAUAUAGGCAAUGAUGAUGAAGAUGAUAAAAUCACUGGUCCUCAUUUAAUUAAUAGUGAUUCUAUAAAACUGUUAAAAACCAUUUGUUCACCAAAAAAGAAAAUGCAGUCACUUAUGAAAGUUCGAGUAGCUACAUGGUGCAAAUCUAAAAGAAAUGAAUCUACUGUUGUGGUCAAAUUAUUUCAAGACGAUGUCAAUAUAAAUUUACAUUUAAUGGAUUUGUUAAGUUUAUCUAAGAGAUGGAGUUCRGUGUCUUCAAGUGCUAUUGUAAGACUGUUUGGUUUAUGUGUUGAUACACCUACUGCUUUAGUCAGUGAAUACUUUGCUUUAGKACCCCUUGAUACAUACCUAAGAACCAAUAAAGACAAUAUAUUGUUUAGCAAUUUAGUUGAAGCUGCAACAUAUAUGGCUACAGCACUAUGGGAUAUGGAAACUGCAUGUUUAGUUCAUGGAAAAAUUCGAUGUCAUAAAUUUGUGGUAGCUGAACAUACAAAAAAUUCCUUCAUUGUUAAACUUACAGAUCCAGGCAUUCAUAAAUGUUAUACUAGCCAUGAUUUAUAUUGGAUUCCAAUAGAAUUUUAUAACUCUAUAGAACUUGCUCGAAAAUCUCCUCAAGCUGAUAUUUGGGCUUUUAGUUCAACAUUGUGGGAGUUAUUUAAUUAUGGUAUUAUAUUGCCUGAAGUUCAAAAUGUUGAGUUGUUUAAAAAAAAAUUUGAAAAAAAUAUAAGAAUGCCAAAACCAGAUUGUUGUACARAUGACAUAUAUCACAUAAUGACAGAUUGUUGGGACAGUGAUCCUUUUAUCAGAAAAAAACCACAAGCAACAUUAAGAGAUUUAAGACAAAUUUGGCUACAAAUAUAUGCUAGUCCUCAACAUGAAUAUACACCAUUAAAAAAAGAAGAAAUAUACUGUGAUGAUGUCACUUGUUCUGAUGCAACAAUUUAUUGUACUUCAGAUUAUACAAUUGAAACAUUUUUGGAUACUGUAUCAAGUUCUUUUUCGGGUAGUGAAACAAAAUCAGAUUUUAUUGAUUUUAAUUCUAACCCUGAUGAUGGAAGAAGUUAUCAAAACGAAAAUCCUAUAUUUUCGACUACCAACACAAGCUUCAAUCAAUUUAUGGAACAGCUUACAUCAAAAGAAGAGAUAAAGAACAAUAUGCAAAGUGCUAUGAACUGCCAAAAAAAAACAUAUCAAUUCAAUAACGCUACAUUGACUUUACAGCAAGUUAUAGGACAAGGAUUUUAUGGAGUUGUAUUAGAAGGUUUGUUAGAAUAUAAUGAUAAUAAAAAAAAAAAAGUUGCUGUGAAGCAUAUGAAAAGAUCAUUCCAAACCGAAGAUUUUCAAAGAGAAAUUGGGAUUAUAGAAGGACUCAGUCAUCCAAAUAUUGUUAAAAUUGAAGGUGUAUUAGAAGAACCAAAUUUAAUGCUUGUAAUGGAAUAUAUUGAACUAGGUUCAUUAAGUAGUUACUUGCGAUUACAUGAAGAUGAACUUGUUGAAGAAACCAAUAGAUUAUUAAAAUACUCUUUAGACAUUGCUCAAGGAAUGGAAUACUUAGGAAGCCUAAACAUUAUACAUCGUGAUUUAGCUACUAGAAAUAUUUUGGUAUCAAGUCAGACAGUAGUAAAAAUUUCUGAUUUCGGUCUUGCUCAGUUUUUGCCUGAUGAAAAAUACUAUUACUUACAAACAAUGAGAGAUUUGCCUUUGAAAUGGCAUGCUCCAGAGGCUAUUUUAUAUGGAAAAUUUUCUCCUAAAACUGAUAUUUGGGCAUAUGGUGUGUUACUUUUUGAAAUUUUUUCUUUGGGUAAAGAACCAAAUGUAGUCUCUAAACUGGAAGAAAGACUAGAUGUUGAAAAAUUAAUUAGAGUUUUGGAAGAAGGUCAUCGGUUACAAUGUCCAUCAUGUCCUCCAUGCACCCUGGACAUAUAUAACAAACUUAUGCAGCCUUGUUGGGCUUAUGCAGCAGGCGAUCGUCCAAAUUUCUCAGAUUUAAUAAAUGUUAUUAAAUCACUUAUGAUCAUUGAACCGGCUGAACAUUUUACUCAUAGACAAUCAUUAUGUUUUGAACCAAAUAAUAUCAUGACUUAAUUAUUAUACCAGACAAUCAACAUUCUCAUGAAACAGUGGGGACUUAUGACACGAGAAUUGUAAAACAAAAAUUGUUAAAAUAGGUACUUAAAAUGUCAGGAGUGGUAUCUAUUUAAUAGUCUUCAAGAACUAUUAAAUAUAAUUAUAUAAAAAUUGCACACUAGUAAUCUAGUCAAACAAAAUAAAUAUGUUACUACGUAUGUUUUUAGAUUUUAAUAUUUUGUUUAAAUGAAGGAGGAAAAUAGAUAAAGAAACAGCAGAAACCAAAUAUUAUUGUAUAUAUUAUGUUAAAUACUAUUAAUG